GAAGAGAGAGAGAGAGCGGUCCACGCUUGUAGGUACUCUCGUACUACAGCCAGUUUUCUUCUUCUUGCGUCAAAGAUGCAGGUUUUCAGUGGUGGUCGAGCACUUUGGAUAUACACUUUGAUAUUUACUUCGCUACAACUUUGGGGAAGACUUUCUGCUUCCACUUCCUCUCCUGCUCUUCCGGCACCCACCUUGGACAUCAGGACCACUGAGACAUCAGACUCAGUGGUCCUGAUCUGUAAGGUCCCAGAGGGCCAUCAAGGGGUUCUGUUCAUGUUGUACAGGUCCUGGGAGAAGGUGGACCAUCAGGAGCUGCAGUCCGGUGCUCAGGAGUUUCAGUUCAACUUCAAGGUAAAGGAAGGGGAUUUAGGCGAACUGUUCUGCUGUAUCUACAAGGACCAGGGAGGACCCUACAGCCCAUUCAGUCCUUAUUUGCGUCUGGAGCACCCAAAGGAAGCAGCACCCCCUCGCUCUGUACCCUCUUUCCCUGCUCCGGUCUUGUCUGUGGAGCCUUCUGGUGGUGUGGUAAAACGUGGUGACACUCUAUCCUUCAGCUGCUCGGUCCCUGCUUUUCCACGUCAGUCUCGUUCCCAUACCAACACACCGGUGACCUUCCUUUUGCUGAGGACUGCCCGGCAAACAGGGGCGACAUCUGUUGUCCUCCGGCCUCCGACUAGUCAGGUAUCAAGCCGUGAACCUCAGCCAGGAAUCUUUACUGUGGGACCACUGAGGGGAGAAGAAGAGGGAGAAUACACCUGCAUCUAUCAGUUCACCAAAAAAAGGCAAUUGCUUAAUUCAACUGUUAGCAACGUGGUUCAAGUCACCAUCACAGAUCUGCUUCCACUGCCCACUCUUGUUCUCCAGCAGCAGACAGACAUUUGGCAUUUGCUCUGCACAGGGUCUCCUGCAUACCCUGGUGCUGUGUUCUACCUUUAUGUAGCAGAUAAUGAGUUGCCCAUUGACACUCAGCAUACCAAUGCGAUCCACCAUCAGGCCACUUUCCCCGUGCCUGUCCAGGACUCUUCAGUGGUUUUGUACCAAUGCCAGUACAGCGUCCUCCUGGGAAAGAAAUGGAACAAUUCUGAGCGCAGCCACUCUGUGGCUGUAAUCAAAGGAACGUCCCCUCCCUCAUCAUCAGAUUUGUUAGGUGUGGACUGGCCUCUUGUCCUGGGCUCAGCCUCUGCUGUGGUAUUAUUCCUCUGUUCACUGGCAUUUGUGACUGUGAUGGCACACAGGAAAGUAAAAGCAGCUGCUGAGGAAAAGAAGAAAAGACAGGAAGCACAGUUCUGGACUCAAGUCCAUGCUAAGGACCAUGUUGUUGACCUUACACUCAGGCGUUCAAGCUUCACCUCGCAGGAAUGGGCCAGUGGGGACACUGAGACAGUCUCUGCAGCUCCAUUAUGGAGCCCUCUCUCCACAUUCUCAUCCCCGAUCUAUUAGAAAUGUUUGUUUUCUCUCUCUCUCUCUCUCUCUCUCUCUCUCUCUCUCUCUCUCUCUCUCUCUCUCUCUCUCUCUCUCUCUCUCUCUGUGUGCGUGCUUGCGCGCGCGCAUGUGUGUGUGUGUGUGUGUGUGUGUUAUUUUUAGUUUAUACUUUAUCCUGGCUGAUCAUGUUAGCAUCAGUUGGGGUCACACAGCAGGACAGGAAGAGCCAUAUCCUAAGUUUCUUUUUCAUAUGUAGCAGCAAAAUUGUACGAUUUGAUAGGAUGUGAUGUUUCUUUGAUCUUACAUGUAACUGAGCAAGUGGAUUUAAAUACAGAUUUGUUAUUAUUAUUACUUUUACCAGUUUUGAAUGUGGAAGGUGUAUUUUGUGAGUAACCUACAUUAAGCUUUGAUUAUUUAAUAGUGCUAUUUGUUUGCCAAACAUUUCAGCAUCAACAUUAUGUAAAGUCUGUACAUUUUUAACUACAUGUGGAGUUAUGAACAUUGUUUUUAGAGUAACAAUAAUAAAAACGUUUAUUUGCAUAGCACUUCACUAAGAAAGAGAUAAAGAGAGAUUACAAAGUGCUUUACAAAGAAAAAAAGAUUUUGAUUAAGUUCAUACAAACAUACAUGUUACAUGUGCUGCAUAUUUACAGUACAUAUACCAACUACCAUACAAAUGAAUUCACACACCCUAAAAAAUUACCCUGCAUUGUCAAAACUUCAACUUAUAUUCUUUGGCAAAAACAACAACUACAAGUUGUUAAGACCUUAGAAACUUAAAUCAUCAGCCUUUACAGUAAAAACAACUGAGUCCUGAUAACUUUGAAUCUUAAUCUGUGAUUCAUUACAGUGAGACCAUUAUGUUGACCUGUUUUCUUUAGUUGGGGAAUGUAAAGGAAAACCAUUUGUUGUUUACAUUAUCCUUUGCACAGUAAAGUGCAGUACAGAAUAAUUUCUUUUUUUAAUAAUUAACUGAGUAUAAUUAGGUAAGUUUGUCAGUUUCAGGUUUAAGUUGUUUAAUCAUCACAUUCAGAACUUAAAAUCCCAAGUUCAGUUGACUCAACGUCCAAUAGCUCAUUCACUUAACUCAUCGGUUUCAGUUAUUUAGAAACUUUGUUAGCUUAUUCGCACAUACUUUCCAGCAUGCACUGUAUUAAUGUUCCUUCCUACACCCUCAUGAUGAAAUAAUGAAAAGCACCUAAGUCACAUGGCCAUAUUAAGAAACAGUGCUAUCAGUAUGCAAGGCUUUCAGUAGGGUUAGGGCUUGAAAAAAAAAAAUCUUGAUCAUAAACUGAAAUUGCAAAGCGGAGACAUACAGAUCUGUGAUCAGUGAAAGUGAAAGAAUUGUGAGACUGAAAAACAACAUGUUACUGUAACACAGACUAAGUUAAAAGAAAUAAAAUUCUUAAUUGGGUGAACUCAAAUCCUGAACAUAA